GUCGCGUGUGGUAACUCUAUUGUGCCUUGUAAGCAACGUAGAGAAAGGAUUAUUUUCUUUGCUGUUACAACAUAAAAUCAAGUUUUUUGUCAGAAUUUAUCAAAAAAAAUUUCGACGAAAAGUUGCAUUGUUAUCAGAUCAAAAUGAAGAAACACGAUCCAGAUCGUCAUAAGAGACCUGUGUUUCCUGUAGAUUUUAGUGUGAUGCCAUGCUUGGUUGAAAGAUCACAUGAAAAUUCUCCAGUUUCGUCAUCAUCUAGAGUCACUCUCUUUAGAUGACGAACCAAGAUCACCAGUUAAAUUGUCACCAAGAGCUUCAAAUUCACCAAAACUAAAUUGGUCACCAUCACCACCUUCUUCACCAAAAUUAAAUGGUACAUCAACAUUUGAGGCAAUACGAAAAACAUUUGAUGAUUCUGGUUUUGAAGCAUCUCCUCUACAGUCAAAAAGUAGAGUUGAACUAAAGAGGUAUAUCGAGAGAUUAGAAGAGAAAAAUAAAGAUUUAGAAGAAGACAAUAAAACUCUUCAUAAUGAAAUGUCUCACAAAAUAAAAUUUCUAUCAGAUUUACAACAAAAGUAUGAUGAAUGUAUAGAUACAAUCGUAGAAUUAAAUAGUAAAAUAUACCAACUAGAAAAUGGAUGUAAUGUAGAUUCGUCUGGUCAAACUAUGGUAUCAUUACAAUCAUCACAAGCUAAGGAUCGAGAAAUAGCUGAAUUAAAAAUAGAUAUGGAAGACAUAGAAAAAGACAGUCGUUUAUGGAGAGUCCGCUGCAACCUCCUUGAUGUCGAUAACGAUUUACUUAAAACUCAGAUGACCGAGCUUGAACAAACCAUAAUAGAACUGAGAAAUGGAAAUGGUGAUCAAUCACGACCAACAAGCAACCGCUCGAAAUCCAAACUUUCAAAUCGCGUAAGCCCAAAGACAAAACAAUGUUUACCAUCAAUGGAGUCCAAGAGACCAAAACGACCAUCUCUCGCUAAACCAACUGAUAUUAAUACCAGUGGUCAGACUGUACCUAAAGCAACUAAGUCUUCAACCAAAAUAAAAGAAGUAAGAAGCAAUACUCCCUACCUUCCUCCGAUUGAAUGUUUAGUUGGGUCUAAAUACUACCCUAAACCGCCAUCUCAAACAAACCCUAAACUUCAGCAAGCUUCUACCCGUUCUUCUACACCAAUCUUCAAUCCAGUUCUUCCUACAGAUAGUCAUUUCAAGUUACCACAUCUAACAUUUCCACCAAGUAAACCCAAAACCAAUAAAACAAGAAAAUAUAUUCGUUAA